GAUGCAUACUAUGGCAGAAAUAAGUGACGCAGGUCAUUUUUAUUAUCAUUCUUGACACCACACAGGGUAACCGCAAUUGUCUUGAUUGAUUGUGCCUCUGGACUGUUAAGUCCUUAGCUGUCUGUGGGAACGUUUUUAGUAUCGAUUCGAAGAUUUAGGUCUGACCUUGUGAUUAUAGCAAGACAAGAAUAAUGGCUGCGCAAGUGUACUGCAGUGAGGGGUAUGCAAAUCGCAAUAGCGAUUGCCAGGCCACAUUUCGACGGAAUGAGCGCAUCGGGGAGGGCAAGUACAAGUAUGUUGUUUCAGCAUCGUACGGCAACGGAUGUCCUAGCGUCUGCAAGUUUCUGAAAAGUGGAACUACAUUUUCCAGUGAAUGUUUUGAGGAUGAUAUAACCAACGAACGCCGAGCGCGCUUUACCGAUUAUUGCAGCAUUUCACAAGUACAUCGACGAGGAAACAGCUUUCUCGAGAAGAGUAUCGAUCAAGCUGAAUAUGCCGGAAUGUUGGACGCAGUCUAGUGGACACCUUGAGGGCCAGAAGAUGCUAACCGAACCGCACAUCGAAAACUUCCGGAAAUUUAAUUCGAAUAGUGGGGCAGCAGGCACGGAAGCCGAAGUUGCUCAGGCGCUGAGUCACUUCAGCUAUCACGCUUCCGAUGGCACGGAGUUGCUGUGCGACGUGCAAGGCGGAAAGGCAGGAGAGACCUACGUGCUGUCCGAUGUUGUAAUCGUGUCAGCGGAGAAGAAGUACGGUCUGACAGAUCUCGGACAAACCGGCAUCGAGAACUUCUUCAGCCAGCAUCGUUGCAACCGAUUCUGCGGUCCAAACUGGAAGGUGUGGGAAGGCGCGCGGCGCCGCUUUCAGCCCGUCAUGUCUACAACCCUGACGUUGGACGUUCCGGUGGUCCGAGAGCCGAAGCGCGACUUUGUUUAUCUUGAUCCCUGUCACGAAAUUCUGUUCACGCAAAGCAGCAUCAAAGACCGAUUUCAAGACGGGCACGCUCUUCUUGACACAGCUCUGGCACUGGCUCGCCAAGACAUUAAGAAACACAACGUACAAAUGAUCACGGUGGUACAGUACCAAGGAAAGUACUGGUCGCUGGACAACCGCCGCCUCGCGGUCUUUCGCCUGCUGCAAAUGGCGGACCGUCUCCGGACGAUUAAGUGCGAGGUAGUGCCUUUCGAGCGGCGCGAGGAGGAAUACCACCGCAAGUGUGAUAGCAAAACGAAUGGAACGGCCGUCGUCAUUCGCCAGACGGGUGAGUGGAUCGGAAACUGCACAAGCAACACGACUUUCAGCAAUCUACACCUUCUAAGGCAACAACACAAGCAGCCGACGUGGUCAUUGCAAGAAUGCACUCUCUUCCUCAGUACGAUUGCAGAAGAGUAAAGAACACUCAACUAUACAUAGAUAAGCCACAGGGGACCAUUGAAGCAGUGAAUAUACUCAUUGAUGUCGCAUAUAGUCGGUUGUAGAGAUGGAUACAUGGUUUUGCGUAAAUGCUACUGUCGUAACAACUCAUAUCUGACGCGUUUUUUGAAGCUAUAUUGAUCCGAUCAUGGUAGUAGUUCACGCAGCGCAUAGUAUUGGACUGAUAGGCCAGGUCCUCGCAUUCAUGCAUUUCGCGUACAUAUAAUUCCACGACUUCUGACUGCAUUGUAAGUUGCAAUCCGCAGUACGAAGAUCAUUACCCUGCGCUCAUCGUUCCGAAUUGAAGACCCGCUAUGAAUUCCAAGAAAAGGCUCACCUCAGGGAGAUUAGAGUGAAAUCAAGAAAAUGAUAAAAGCUCAGAAUUCCACUUUCUUCGAAUAAUUGCAAAUCCUCUACACGAUUUCGUAAGGAAAAUUCGGGCGGUUAUAUGUCCCAACGUGUC